CAGGAGAUGGUGGAGGCGGGGCAAGAGGCGUACGGCUUGUCUCUCGUUCGCGUCAAUCAUGAGCACGGGGAGGGGCUGGAGGACCAGGCGCCCCAGUACGUCCUGCUCCGCCGGAAGUGGAGGUGCGGGUUCAGCCGCGGGCUCUGAGCGGCCCCUGCCCGGAUGGCAGCAGUAGUUCUAGGGAGAGACACCAUGGGCCCCGAGCGUAUCUUCCCCAAUCAGACUGAGGAAUUAGGGCCGCACCAGGGCCCUACGGAAGGCACUGGGGAUUGGAGCAGCGAGGAGCCUGAGGAAGAGCAGGAGGAAACGGGGGCAGGCCCAGCUGGCUACUCCUACCAACCCCUGAACCAAGAUCCUGAACCGGAGGAGGUGGAGCUGGCACCGGUGGGGGAUGGAGAAGAUGUAGUUGCUGAUAUUCAGGAUCGGAUCCAGGCCCUGGGGCUUCAUUUGCCAGACCCGCCAUUAGAGAGCGAGGAUGAAGAGGAGGAAGGAGCCACAGGAUUGAGCAACCACAGCUCUAUUCCCAUGGACCCGGAACAUGUGGAGUUGGUGAAAAGGACAAUGGCUGGAGUAAGCCUGCCUGCGCCAGGGGUUCCUGCCUGGGCUCGGGAGAUAUCAGAUGCCCAGUGGGAAGAUGUGGUACAGAAGGCCCUUCAAGCCCGGCAGGGGACGACCCCAGCCUGGAAGUGACUACCCUGAGAGCUGCCUUAUCUCCCUGCAUUCCAGGCCAGAACCAGCAUAGGACUGAACACAUCCCUGGUUGUAAUGUCCAUCUUCAUAUUCUCCAUCUCCCUUUCCACAUCAAGGCAAAUCAGACUUCUCAGAGACCCACUUUAUUCAGUUCUGUACAUAUGGGGACAUUGGCCCAAGCCCAACCCAUCUUAGCAUGUAUCACUGUGGAGAAUAAAGCACCCUAUGUACACAGCCAAAA